AUGGAAUCACCCGCAUCAGUGUGCGGCAUAAUUGGGGAUUGCCUAAUAUGUGGGGAGCCAAGCACUGGCAAACACUAUGGUAUUGUUGCUUGCUUGGGAUGUAAAACGUUUUUUCGGAGAGCAGUUGUACAACGGCAGGACACACUAUGUAAACGCGACAACCCAUGUGAUGUAACUCAAGCGGCUCGCAAAGCGUGCAGAGCUUGUCGGUAUAGGAAAUGUCUAGAGUGUGGAAUGAGUCGAGAAGCUCUUCAACCAAGACGUGAUCUUAUUGGUUGCCGGAGAGUACGAACUCGGCCAAUCCUACGUACUCCAUCUCCAAGUGAUCCUGUUACCACAGAUCCGGCUAAGGAGCAUUUGCUACAACUCAUAGAAAGGCUUACCGAAAUUGACCAAAGAAUUAGGAAGAGAAAGUUUGAGCUGAUGAGGUCGAAGAAAGAGGCAAUGAAUUUGGCCGAAAUAAUUCGUGCGGGCACGGACUAUGUGAGUACAACCAAGGAUGAGACUACUAAUAAACUGAUGAUUAUCCUCGCUAAAGACAUCUCGCACGUGACACAAACAGAUCUUUUGAUGAUGCUUGAGUGGGUUCGGACUCUUCCGUGUUUUCCUCCAUUGGCUGUUGAGGAUAAAGUCAUACUCCUGAAGCGAUUUGCUGUACACCAUUUGGUUUUGGAGCAUGGCUUCUUCACUGCUAGUACCAAUAUGGAAGACGUGUGGUUGAUAUCCAAUGGCACGUUCAUGCCACGAAACGUAGAAGUUCUCCCGGAAGAAUGCCGUUCUACAAUAUCCCCAGAUCGUCGUUGGAGGCAGGAGAAGCUCUAUAAAAAUAUGACUGACACUUGCAUAGACGAGGUUGCUACUCCUCUUCGACAACUUCAACUUUUACCACAGGAGUUAGUUGUUUUGAAGAUCAUUAUGCUUUUCAAUUGUGGGAACCACACAGGGGUUCUAUCACCCAGCAAAAGUUCAGAAACCUCAGAGAUUUCGGAUGAAUCGAGAAAAGCUGUUCUAGCAUAUCGUGAUCAAGUGAUUGCUGCUCUUUUCCAGUACUAUCAACAUAUCUGUUAUCAAAAUUAUCCUGAGCGAUUUGGCAACCUAAUUUUGAUGAUAUCCGGUGUGACGUCAGCAGCAUCAGCUAUGUUGGAAAGUUAUCAGGUUGUCAUUAAUUUUCCACCGAAUUUACGCUUUGCUCAAGUCACCCAAUUUUAA